UUCUAAAAGGGGAAGUACUUCCUUGUUUUCUUUUUGAAAUUAUGUCAGAGGAGGAGUUUAGGGUGGGUUAUGCGAAAGGCGGGAGGAUUUGUGAUUAUUUAUUUAUACAGUACUGGUAGAGGUUUUCACAUAGUUGGAUGUUUUUGGUUUCCUUAUAUAGUCGCGAUCUAUAAUAAGAAACGUCUUUUGGAUUGUAGUUGUAAAUUGUAGAAAAUGUGUGACGAGGAAGUCGAGGUAAGGUUCCCAUUUCCUUACAAGCCAUACUCCAUACAAGAAGACUUCAUGGAGGCACUGUACAAUGUUCUAGAAGAUGGCAAGAUCGGGAUCUUUGAAAGUCCUACUGGAACAGGAAAAUCUCUCAGCCUCAUCUGUGGUGCCCUUACCUGGCUGAGGGACUAUGAAGAGCGGAAGAAGCAGGAGGCUGCACAACUCCUUGGUGUACAGCAGAAUAGUCACGGAGAUGAUCAGCGACCCUCUUCCGUGCAGCAAGGAUCACAGUGGUCAUCAAGUGAACUAGACUGGAUUACUGACUUUGUACAGAAGAAGGCUGAGAGAGAUUUGGUAGACAAAUUAAAGGAAGAAGAGAUAAAAAGAAGGAAAAGAGAGGAGCGACUGGAGCAGAUACGUCAUAACGUUCAGUUUAAGUAUGCUUCUAAACGCAAGAGAAAUGAUGGGAAUGACAUAGAGGAACUGCUCCAGCAGAGUAAAGAAAUGCUGUCUGCCGAAGAUGCUCCUCUCGCUGAUGGUGAAGAGGAGCUCAUUGUUGCUGAGUACGAAAGUGAUGAUGAGAAGAAAUUAAAGGAUUCUAGGGUAGAUGAUGAAGAUGAUGAGGACCUGGAAGAAGAACAUGUGACAAAGAUUUACUACUGCAGUCGAACACACUCUCAGCUUGCCCAGUUUGUCCAUGAAGUACAGAAGAGUCCUUUUGGAAAGGAAGUCAGGCUGGUGUCCUUGGGAUCCAGGCAGAACCUGUGUGUCAAUGAAAGUGUACGAUGUCUUGGUUCUACUCAGCUGAUUAAUGACCGAUGUAUGGAAAUGCAGAGAAACAAGCAAGACAAGAGAACAAGUGAUGGAGAAGGGAAGAAGAAGCGAGGAAAAAGCAGUGAUGUUUGCCCAUUUUAUGCCUAUGAACAAAUGCAGUUUUUGCGUGAUGAAACCUUGGUAGCUGUAAAGGAUAUCGAACAGUUGGUGACCCUAGGAAAGGAGAUCAAAGCUUGCCCUUAUUAUGGUGCACGUUUUGCCAUUCCUGCAGCUCAGAUUGUGACUUUGCCAUAUCAAAUGUUGUUGCACAGCUCAACCCGACGUUCCUCUGGAAUCAAGCUGAAGGAUCAGAUAGUGAUUAUUGAUGAAGCUCAUAACCUGAUUGAAACCAUCUCUUGUAUUUACAGUUCAGAGAUCGCGGGAUCACAGAUCUACUGUGCCCAUUCUCAGCUUUCCCAGUACAUGGAACGAUACAAGAAUCGCUUGAAAGCAAAGAACGUAAUGUACAUCAAACAGAUUAUUUUCAUCUUGGAGAGAUUUAUGCAGAUUUUAGGAGGUAAACCUGGCCAGAAUCCAAAUAUCCAGUGCGUCUCCCAGUCAGGUACAACUCUACAGUCAAUCAAUGACUUUUUGUUCCUGGCAAAAAUUGAUAAUAUCAAUCUGUUCAAGGUCCAGCGGUACUGUGAGAAGAGUAUGAUCAGCAGAAAGCUCUUUGGUUUUAUGGAAAAAUACAAAGGAACAGAAGUGAGCAUUGCAAACAAGGAAAAUCAGAAAGCAACAGGCUUUGAUCGAUUUUUGCAAACUCUUAAUCAAAAGGGUACUGGAGAAGUUCCCUCUUCGGUCUUGAGUGAAUCAUCCAAAGGUGAACAGCAGACUGUUACCUCUCCAAUGAUGCAGAUUGAAGGGUUUCUUUUUGCACUAACCAGUUCAAACAAGGAUGGACGAGUCGUCAUCAACCGGCAAGGUGCAGUGGGACAGAGCAGCCUGAAGUUUCUUCUCUUGAACCCUGCAGUGCAUUUUGCAGAGGUUCUGAAAGAAUGCCGUUCUGUGGUCAUCGCUGGGGGAACCAUGCAACCAGUAGCAGAUUUUAAAGAGCAGUUACUGCUUUCAGCUGGUGUUGGUUUAGAACGACUAUCUGAGUUUUCUUGUGGUCAUGUGAUUCCCCCAGAUAACAUUCUUCCAAUCAUCCUGUGCAGUGGGCCUUCUGGGCAACAGUUGGAGUUUACGUAUCAGAACAGAGACCUUCCACAGAUGAUGGAUGAGGUGGGACGGAUUCUGUCCAACUUAUGUAAUGUGAUCCCAGGUGGAGUUGUGUGUUUCUUCCCAUCCUAUGAGUAUGAAAAGCAGGUGUAUACUCACUGGGAGAAGAAUGGAGUACUUACCCGGCUAUCAGCAAAAAAGAAGAUCUUUCAGGAGCCAAAGAAAGCAAAUCAAGUGGAACUGGUGCUUUCGGAAUAUUCCAAGUGCAUACAGCGCUGCAGUAAAUCAGGAGGUCCUAUGACAGGCGCAUUACUGUUUUCUGUGGUCGGAGGCAAAAUGAGUGAAGGAAUAAACUUCUCUGAUGACUUAGGCAGAUGUGUGGUUAUGGUUGGAAUGCCUUUUCCCAACAUUAAGUCACCAGAACUGCAAGAGAAGAUGGCUUAUCUGGAUAAAACAAUGCCUAGGAUUGACGGCCAAAGUCCAGGAAAAGCAUUAAUCGAAAAUUUAUGUAUGAAAGCUGUUAACCAAUCUAUAGGUCGAGCAAUCCGCCAUCAGAAAGACUAUGCUAGCAUAGUGCUUUUAGACCAUCGUUAUUCUCGUCCAGGAGUUCUACAAAAGCUGCCAGGCUGGAUUAAGGGUAGCACACAGAUCCAGAAGUCCUUUGGACCUGCAUUUGCAUCAGUGCGAAAGUUCUUCCUUGGGAAAAAGACAUUCUUUGGAACAGAGGAGCACUGACCUGACAUUAUGAUGCUAAGCCGUCUUGCAGGGAUUUCCUUUGCUUAGGAUGAUGCGACUGUAAUAACAUUUUUGAAAUGUGCAAGGAUUGUCUUGACCAUCUCAGAAUGGAGAGUGCUUUCCAAGUCCAGUUGUAACGGAGGAAACUUUCUUAACCGGUAAUAGAAAUGGCUGGGUUUUCUGUAAAGCUCUUUCACUGCCCAGUUGUCAGCAUCUGUCUGCAAAGCCUAUUUGUCACAUAGUGGACUUAACAAAAAGAGGUUCACCAAACCGUUUUUUUUUUUUUUUUAUUUCAACUGUAUGAAUAUUUCAGUGAGAGUUCCAUGCUUUAUGAAGGAGCAGGUACUGUUUGGUUUCUUUCUUAGUCCAGAAUGAAGCAUCUCCUGUUUACAAGAACAGUUUCAGUCUGUGUGCAAUACACUUUAAUUGGAUGCAAAAUAUACUUUUCUGUGAAAAAGGACAUUUAAAUAUGAUGGUAAAAAAAGAAUAUUCAGAUAUGUUGUGUAGGCUGGUAUUGUAGUCCUUUUUAAGAUUGUUUUUAAUAAAACAUUUUAAAUUAACAUAAAA